ACUCUCCCACCUUUCCCAGUCUCUCAUCUUCACCAUCGCCGUUGCUAUCGCCAUCAUCGUCAUCAGCAGCAGCAGCGUUCAAAACACAUGCCCUGCUAGUCGAGUCAUCAUCUUGUCAUCCGAUCACCACACAGCGGCCGCGUUCCCUUGCUAGUGUGUCUACAGCCAUCAGCCUCCUAGCCGUCUAAGCGCCCUCUACAAUGCAUCGCCAUCGAGCAUAUGUAGAGGAGGAGGACUACGAUCACCAGGAUCAAUCUGUCUCUAUGGGUACUCUCCACAACUACGUUCCCUCGAAGCACGUCGCAAGUGUCGCAAAGAAGUCUCAGAUGCCUCGGCCAUCUUCAGAGCUGGACGCCGGACUUCGAGUACCGAAUUGGGGCCCGCCGAUCCCCUCCUCGACUGGCGAAUCACAUCGCAUUGGUAUGGAAGGAGCUUUCAAAGUCGACAGCAGAGAAGAGGGGCGAAGAGAUCAUCGAGCACGGCCCUCUUCGAGCGCUUACAUGCCUAGCUCACCCGGCAUUGCCCGAGCAAGCGGGCCGAUGUCCUCUUCUCGCUAUCAAUCCCAGCGAGGUGCCCAGUCUUCACCCUAUCGCCGUCCCCAUCAUCUCUCACAUCAGCAAGCAGCAGUUCGCAAUAAGAACUACACAGACUCAGCUUAUUCUUCUGGCUCCUCAUCAUCAGGUGGAGCCUCUUCGGAGGACGAAGCCGAAUCGCCUUUCCGACCUCAUGCGAAUUCCAGGGAGAGUACCGGCAAUCAUCGAGCCCUCGCUGCUAGCUCAGUCAUCAACUACGAGACGCUCCGUCCAAUCUCUCGUCCCGCGCUUCCCAGAGAUGCUCUCGAUAGGCUAGAUCAGUGGGCCGCCAGCGCUUCCGCUUCGGCGUCGGACAGUGAGCGGUCCAACGUGAAGCAUCAGCGUCAGCAGAUCAAAGACGCAGACGAAGCGAAGCUCAGACGCGCCCGUGUCGAUUCUUGUGACCCAACAUACGAGAUUGUUCCCAAAGCGGUCGCAUCGAGCCCAGCAAGGUCGCCCCUUCGUUCAGACACCAAGAAUCGGCACGCGUUCAGCCCUGGAAGCCCUAGUCCUGCCCCUACUCUCCGGCCCGACAAGGGGCCGCGGUCCCGACGAGAAGGACCGUCUCAAUUUCAGACCCCUCAAGAACCGCCUACGCCUACCACCAUGAGCGCCUUUGCCGACUUGGCUGGGCAGAUCGGUCGCGAUCUCAUGGGCGUUGACGAGGGAAUGGGCUGGGAGAGAAGGCAGGCGAGCAAAGCUACAAGAGAUUCCAGCGCGGAAACUCUGGUGGAAGAACCUCAACAGCUUCGACGGGAAACACAAGAGAGGAACACAUCGAGCAAGACGAACGCUGCAGGCUAUACUAAAUUCUUCGGAGAGCCGGAGAGGACACAGGGACAGCUACUGCUACCCUCUGGCGUCUCAAUGGGUCGAGGGGCGCAUGUGCCCCUCCUCUUGCCAGAGGACGUAACCGGCCUCACUUCCGCUCUCGAGUCUCCGGUCAAAUCACGACUUGGCGUUCGCCAUGCUACGCUUCACCCUUCUCUUGGAAAGGCAGGUCUGGGUGACCGCAAGAUGAAAUUAGCCGACUUGAAGGAGUUUGUUCUCGGCAUCGAGGAAGAACUUGAGCUGACUAAGGAGCGUCUGGAAGGCGUCGAGAGCAGAGGGGUCGAGCUGAGAGAUGACCUGGACCAGAUGAGGAACGAGUGGCGCCAUGGACAUCUUAGGGCUGAUGGACGAACUUCUCGUGAGGACGAAAAGCGAUAUGCCGACAAGAUCAGCGCAAUGUCUCAGCACAUCACCACACUCAGUCACGACUUAACAUCGUACAGGGCAGCUGUUGAAGAGAUUCAACAUGCAAAGCUGGUGGGCCAGCAGCGACAGAGCCGACAGAGGCCUGUCCCAGAUCGGCAUGUUGAGCUCCAAAAAGGCGGACAUCAUGGUCCAGAGACUUACAGUACCGAGUUCGAGUAUCGCCAGCUACAAGAACAGAUUCUGCAUCUUGAAGACGAGGUGAAGCGAUUACACCUGGUGGUCGAGGGUCACAACGACCGCGAAGAAGAGGCGACAGAGGACAUCGCAGCUGCUGGGCGGAUCAACCUUGCCGAUCAGCGACACCUCAAUACGCGACGGCCAUCAUCCAGAAGCAAGCAGUUGUCUGGUGCUCGUCACGCCACUCGAUCUUCCCCCGCCAGAGCUGAGAGUCAGACUCGCCGGCUUACUUUCGCUGAUCAGCCUGAACCUCUGCCCGGUGGGCGCAAGGGUCGGUCCUCACAACCCAGCUCUGACGACCGAUAUAGCGACAGUCAGCCUGCGCAUUCUUCUCAACCCGCUCCAAUCAUCAAAGGAACAAGCAUGCGGCAGACCACUGUCGCAUCCGACGAGGACGAGGGCAACGAGACCCCGAGACCCUCUUCUGCUCAGUCUGCUACACGGUCUCGCUCGCGAGCCCGUUCGAGCGACAAGUAUGCCCAAGACGAAGAUGAGGACGUCACUCAAGCUCAAACGCGGGUCGAUCAGACCACUCGAUCCGUAUUCGCUUCUAAUCAUCCUCCUACACACAAAGCUGUCUCAUCCCCAGAGGCUCUGAGCUUCGAACACGACGCAAAGAAUUGCACCGUCUGUCUCGCGCGCUCCCGCAAGGAGACUCACCGGACAGGUCGACGGCAACGCGUUAUGGACAGUAUCCGGCAGCAAGAGGGGAGCAUCACUGCCAACGAAGAGGACCUUCUUCUUUCUUUACUGCAGUCGAGCAGCGCACGCCAGCCACUCAGCGGGGAACAAGAAUCUCUCCUUCAGAGGCUCAUCAAGCAGCACAUCGAUGAAUUUCUCCAUGCUCGGAUGCUGUAUGCCGAGUUGGCGGACGAGCUGAAGAAGCUUCACCCUGAAGACGAAGGCAUGACGAGCGAGAAGCGGAAGAUUCUCGUGGAGCACGUAUUGGAGAGCGUGGAGGAACUCGAGGCCAGGUGCGGGAGGAUCGAGGGGCUGAAGAGGUUGAGGUCAGCAAUUUCGGUGAAUGGAAGAAGUUCUCCUCCCACGACGGAUGCAGUCAGAUCAAGCUCUGGCAAUCCUCUUCUGGGUGGAAAGAGCAAGCGAGUCAGCAGAGUCGAAUCCGGUCACAAGGGUCCAACACAUACCACUCUGAGUCGCGCCUUGGCAAACAGUCCUCCGCUUGUCGACAGAGUGGCGGGAAGGAAGUGAAGAGAUGCGAAUAUACCCCAACAAAGCGAGCCUGGCUCUUCUCAAUCCUUCGAACUUGAGCCAUGCCGUUGUCAUUUACCUAUAUCCAAUCAUGCUCUGUACGGCUCUGCGCAGUCCAGCGUUCUCAUUCUGUCAAUGUCAUACUGCCCUUUAAAUUUAGGUGUCAGCCUGAACUGCAAGGCCUGAUGUAAGCUGACGAUCUGCAUUGGCAUCCUU